AUGCAUGUACGUGGUGGUGGAGCUGGAGCCCCUGUCCCGGGCCUUGACCUUGCAUUGGACGCGCAGCGGCAAGCUGGACUGCUCGCCGACACUGCGCGCGGUCACCAUGGCGAGGGCCUGCAGGAUGGCCCCCUCCUGGUCCUGGCGCUGCUCCUGCAUGUGGCCCCCGCCGCGUCGGGCAUCCGGGUGGACGUGAUCCGCCUCCAAUCGUCGUCCGCGCCGCCGUCGUCCCCGGCGUUCCGCGAGGCGCCCGCGUUCCGCAACGGGGACGAGUGCCCGCCCCGUGGCUCCCCCGACGGCCGCGUCGACGUCGCCAUGACGCUGGACGCCAACUACCUGCGCGGCACCAUGGCGGCCGUCUUCUCCAUCCUGCAGCACACGGCGUGCCCGGAGAACGUGGCGUUUCACUUCCUGGCCGCCGCCGCGCCCGCCACCGACGGCGACCCGGACUCGCUGGCGGCGAUCCGCGCCACGUUCCCGUACCUUGACCCGAGCGUGCACCGGUUCGACCCGUCCCGUGUGCGCGGCCGCAUCUCCCGCUCCGUGCGCCACGCGCUGGACCAGCCGCUCAACUACGCGCGCAUCUACCUGGCCGACACGCUCCCCGCCGACGUGCGACGGGUCAUCUACCUCGACUCCGACGUGGUGGUGGUGGACGACGUGCGCAAGCUCUGGUCCGUGGACCUGGGCGCGCGCCACGUGGUGGCGGCGCCCGAGUACUGCCACGCCAACUUCACCAAGUACUUCACCGACGCCUUCUGGUCGGACGGGGACCUGAGCGCCGCGUUCCGGGGCCGCCGCCCCUGCUACUUCAACACGGGCGUGAUGGUCAUGGACGUGGCGCGGUGGCGCCGCGGCGGGUACACCCGGCGGGUGGAGGAGUGGAUGGCGGUGCAGAAGCGGAAGCGGAUCUACCACCUGGGGUCGCUGCCGCCGUUCCUGCUGGUGCUCGCCGGGGACAUCAGGCCCGUCGACCACCGCUGGAACCAGCACGGGCUCGGCGGCGACAACGUGGAGGGCAGGUGCCGGAGCCUGCACCCGGGCCCCAUCAGCCUGCUGCACUGGAGCGGCAAGGGCAAGCCCUGGCUCCGGCUCGACGCACGGAAGCCCUGCACCGUCGACUACCUCUGGGCGCCCUACGACCUCUACAAGGCCGCGGCCACCGCGCUGGAGGAGUAG